AUCAGCGGCUGACUGUUACGCCGCAUAUUUCUGCUUUUAUUGAUCACGGCUUCAAAAUAACCCACAAUGGAGCCAAAGAAAGUUGCAAGUGCCAGCACUUUGAUAGGAAAGAGCACAUCAAGAGACCCAUGAACGCCUUCAUGGUUUGGUCCAGGGGCCAAAGACGCAAGAUGGCACAGGACAACCCAAAGAUGCACAACUCUGAAAUCAGCAAGAGGCUUGGCGCCGAGUGGAAGCUGCUCACCGAUGCAGAGAAGCGUCCUUACAUCGACGAGGCGAAGAGGCUGCGGGCUCAACACAUGCGGGAACACCCGGACUACAAGUACAGACCCAGGCGCAAACCCAAAACUCUUCUCCGGAGGGAGCACAUCGUCUUCCCGCUGCCUCCAGUGGAGCACUUGAAGGGAUUCUCCGUGGACUCCUUUCUCCUUAACGGGGACAAAACCAUACCUUUCCUGCAGGCGCCUUCGUCCGCUACGUCGCUGCUGGAGAUCAGCACCGCAGCUGUCCAGCGGAUGACGGAGUUCCAGCACCCUCUGAGCGCUGCGGCUCGACACACCUUCGGAUACCACACCGGUGGGGUCGCGGGGCUGGCUUGCCUCGGACAGCACACACAAGCUUCACCCAGCAGCCCCUAUUUGGUGCCGUGUAACUGUGGCGCAUGGUCUGCCGCCAGUCUGCACCCUCAAGUGGCAUACAUACUCCUCCCGGGAGGGAUGAGCAACGGCGGCAUGGACGGGUACUCAUCACCCGGAUCUAGCGCGUAGUGGACAUACCAGUAGGGCGCACGGCUUGGCGAUGACGCGCACAAUUUGAGGUGGAAAUGCUAUAAAUGGGAACAUGCAAACAUGUUUUCAAAUACCACAAAUGGCAGUUUUACACAUGCCAAUCAAUUCAAGUAUUUCCAGGCAAUAUUUUCAGCACGGUGUGACAGAAUACUGCAAAUAAAAGUACAGUAAGUGCCCACGAAUUACAUGUGACAAGUUACGUUCUAUUUUAAAAAUUGUUGUCCGUAUAUUUUAAUGUGAGACUUUAAUGACUGUAUUGUUAUUGUCUGAGUCUGUAUAGGUAUUUUUCCUAAUAUUGCUGCCCCUUCAUUAAAUGUCACA